AACACACACAGCAGCCUUCCGCCUCCUUUUUCCUCUUUGUUUGAUUCUCUCUCAUAUUCCGGCCAAAAGUGCUUCACCAUGAACAACCUCUCGACCUUCUCAGCCCUUGAUGCCAACCCGCUCUCCAAACCUUGCUACUUUGGCACCCACCAAAAUAGGAUUAAUCUCCUCCAGCGCCCCAGAAAUGUGGUUGUAUGCUCAGUGAAACCCCCCGUCGCCUCCCCCUCAUCGCUAAGUGUGGCUGGGUCACCCAGCAGUGGGACUAAUCGAAUUGAGUCUCUAACCCAGGUCUCUGGAGUUUUGGGCUGCCAGUGGGGUGAUGAAGGUAAAGGAAAACUCGUUGACAUCUUGGCCCAACACUUUGACAUUGUUGCUCGUUGUCAGGGAGGAGCUAAUGCUGGACACACCAUUUACAAUGCAGAAGGAAAGAAGUUUGCACUUCACCUUGUUCCCUCAGGUAUCCUCAAUGAGGAAACUCUCUGUGUUAUUGGAAAUGGUGUUGUCGUUCAUCUUCCGGGCCUCUUUAAAGAGAUCGAUGGCCUUGAAUCCAAUGGAGUAUCUUGCAAGGGAAGGAUAUUAGUCUCUGAUCGUGCUCACCUGUUAUUUGAUUUCCACCAAAUAGUGGAUGGGCUUCGAGAGUCUGAGCUUGCUAAAUCUUUCAUUGGUACAACCAAGAGAGGCAUUGGACCUUGUUAUUCUAGCAAGGUUAUCAGGAAUGGCAUUCGAGUUGGUGACUUGAGGCACAUGGACACUUUUCCUCAGAAGCUAGAUCUUCUUUUGUCAGAUGCUGCAUCAAGAUUCAAAGGAUUUGAAUAUGGCCCCCAAAUGCUUAAAGAUGAAGUAGAAAAGUACAAGAGAUUUGCUGAAAGAUUGGAACCCUUCAUUGCUGAUACCGUACUUGUUGUGAAUGAAGCCAUCUCUGAGAAGAAAAAAGUGUUAGUUGAAGGGGGUCAGGCGACAAUGUUGGAUAUUGACUUUGGUACAUACCCCUUUGUAACAUCCUCAAGUCCUUCGGCUGGUGGUAUUUGUACUGGCCUUGGCAUUGCUCCCAGAGUUUUAGGUGAUCUCGUUGGAGUGGUGAAAGCAUACACUACAAGAGUUGGUUCUGGUCCUUUUCCCACAGAAAACUUGGGUAAAGAGGGUGACCUCCUUAGGUUGCAAGGUCAAGAGUUCGGCACAACUACUGGUCGCCCUCGUCGCUGUGGUUGGCUUGAUAUAGUAGCACUGAAAUACUGCUGCCAGAUUAAUGGAUUUUCUUCUCUCAAUCUCACCAAACUAGAUGUUCUAUCUGAUUUUCCUGCAAUUCAGUUGGGUGUUGCUUACAAAUCUAGUGACGGCAUACCAAUCAAAUCAUUCCCCGGAGAUCUUCGCCUUCUUGAGCAAGUGAAGGUUGAAUAUGAAGUAUUGCCCGGAUGGAAUUCUGAUAUCUCGAAUGUAAGAAGCUACUCUGAACUUCCAAAGGCUGCACGCCAGUAUGUGGAAAGAAUAGAAGAGCUUGUAGGCGUACCCAUCCAUUACAUCGGUGUCGGGCCCGGACGUGAUGCUCUUAUCUACAAGUAGUCAGAAUUAAAAUGAAGCUUCUUUUGAUGGAGAUGCUUCACAUGUAUGAUUUAAGAAUUUGAUACAACACACCCAAGCAUUGACCAUGUUCUAUUUAGGUCUUGGGUAGAUUUAUUUCAGUACCAUUGCUUGUAAUUCAUGAAUUCCUAGGUAGGAGGAUUUCGCAACAUUGGAGCAUAAGAGAAUUUCUAAAUUUUGAAAAAUUGUGAUUGCUUUGAGUGAUACCAAGAGCUAAAUAAAAU